AUGAGCGACAACCACGGACGGGUAAUCAACUUCGGCGCAGGCCCUUCAGCGCUCCCCCUCUCUGUGCUCGAAGAAGCGCAAAAGGGCCUCCUCAACUUCAGUGGCACAGGCAUCGGGAUCGCUGAGGUCUCCCACCGCUCGAAGGAGUUCACGGCCUUCGUCGACCAGGUCGAGAAGAACAUCCGCACGCUGCUCGACGUGCCCCCCACCCACCGCAUCCUCCUCACCCAAGGCGGCGGCACGGCCCAGUUCUCCGCCGUCGUCCUCAACCUCCUCGCGCGCCACCGCCUCCUGCACCCGACCGCGACGCCCGAGGAGACCACGCUCGACUACGUCGUCACCGGCUCGUGGAGCAAAAAGGCCGCCGAGGAGGCCCGCCGCCUCACCGCGGGCCACGCGACCGUGCGCACCGUCGUCGACGCGCGCGUGUACUCCAAGGACGGGCAGAGCUUCGACAACGUGCCCCCGCACGCCGAGUUCCGCUUCUCCGCGCGCCCCGCGCUCGUGCACUACUGUGAGAACGAGACCGUCGACGGCGUCGAGUUCGCGCACGACGCGCAGAGCCCCGCCGCGUUCCCGUUCGACCGCCUCCUCGAGACCGCGGGCGCCGGCGGCGGGGCGCUCGUGCCCCUCGUCGCCGACUACUCGUCCUCGUUCCUCUGCCGGCCGAUCCCCCGCCUCGCGGACCACGCCGUCAUCUACGCCGGGGCGCAGAAGAACCUCGGGCCGGCAGGGCUCGCGAUCCUCAUCGUGCGCGAGGACUGCAUCGUGGACGUCGACGCGGCCGCGCGGCUCGGCGCGCCCCCCGUCCCGCUCAUCCUCUCGUACAAGCAGCUCGCGGACCACGGGAGCCUGUACAACACGCCCUCGGUGUUCGCGAUCUACGUCGCCGGGCUCGUGCUCGAGCGCAUGAAGGCGAGCGGGGGGCUGCUCUACUACGAGGCGGUCAACAAGCGGAAGGCCCAGAAGCUGUACGCGGUCAUCCACGAGGGUGAGCAGAAGGGCUUGUUCCGCCGCAAGGUGCAGCAGGGCUCGGAGAGCUGGAUGAACGUCGUUUUCGAGGUCCUUGGCGAGGGUUCAGAAAAGAAAUUUUUGGAGGGCGCGGAAAAGGAGGGCAUGAAAGGUCUCAAGGGUCACAGAUCGGUAGGAGGCAUCCGCGUCUCGCUAUAUAACGCCAUCACCGAGCCAGAGGUCGACAAGCUAAUUGCAUUCAUGACACAUUUCAUGAAGGAAUCAAGCUCGAAAUCGGAAGUAAAUGCAGUCUGAAUGCAGGAAUGAAGGGAGAGGAAACCACUUGUACUACUGAAG